GCGGAGCCUGGCGGCAGCCCCGUCUCUCUGCUCUGCCUGGCAGCCACCAGCGGCGUCCCGCUCUUCUACCGCGGCGCCCCCACACGGCACCAGGUCGGGCCGGCCCCGAGAGAACGCAGGCGUCCACCCCCCGAUCAGUCAUGCCUGCCUCGGGCUGCAUCGGGUCCCGCGCGGUUCAGCACUCCCUCCCCCCCCCUCGGCUGGGACCCGCGAGUCCUGGCCCCAGCCCCGUCCGCGGCUUGGGCAGAAGCCAGGCGCCCUGGCUUCAGCGCGCCCCGCCCCUCCUGGAGAGAACCCAGCUCCCCUUCUCCGUGAUCGGCUCCCUGAACGGCGUCCACAUGUUUGGCUCUAACCUGGACGUGGCGCUGACAGCCGCCCGCACGGAGGGCACCCGCGUGCUGUGGAGGGCCUUUCAUAACAGCAUCACCCUCAUUGUGAUGUCAUCAGAGGAAGGUGCUAGUGACUUCACCCUCAGCCGACUCCUGGACAAUGUGUUCAGUGCCAUGGUGCUGGUGCUGGGCCUGGAGGAGUUGGCGAAUAUCCGCAAUGUGGAGCGCCUUAAAAAGGACCUGAGGGCCUGCUACAAGCUCAUUGACAGCUUCCUGAUGCCUGGGGAGCGCAUUGGGGACCUGACGCACUGUGUGGAGUGUGUGCUUGUGCCCUGUAGCACCAUCCUGCAGGAAUGCCUGACUGCUUUCACACGGGCAGCAGAGAGCCGCUUUGGCUGCCUGCUGGUGGGCGGCCGUGUGGCAGUGGCCACUGAACCCUGGUGGCAGCUGGCCCCCCAGGAGGUGAAUCUGCUGGCCUGGCUCGUGGGCUCACUACUUCCCAGCACUACCCGGGACUACCCUGUCUACCUGCCCCAGGGCAGCCCCAUGGUCCCCCACCGUCUCCUUACCUUCCAGCUGCUGCCCGGCUUGGACAUCUGCCUCCUGUGUGGGCCCAGCCCCUCGCUGGAGGCUGUGAAGACUGAGCUAGUGCCACGGUUCUGGAAGCCCCUGCUGGAGCCUCUGCGGGCAUGUGCAUGUCCCCCCAGUGUCCCACUGCACCCUGGAGUCCUGGCUUUCCUGCUGAUCAACCGCGAGCAGAAGCGGAGUCUGAGUGCAGUGCUGCCCAGAGGGGUUCAGGCAGAGGGCCCUGCACUGCCCCUGGGGAGUUGUGCUUCUGUCUUGAGGGCCUUCUAUGCCCUGGUAGUCUCACAUUACUUUCCCUGUGAGGGGAGCCCAGUGCCCCCACUGGAGCUGCCCCUAGGUGGGGGUUCACAUAGUGCCCAGCACUGCUAUGUGGUCAGUGCUGGGUACAAGGCCUACGCUGCCCAGGCGCCCCCGCAUCAGCUUUUCCUGCUACUGGCGCCCGAGGUUCCCACCUUUGCCCUGCGCCCGCUGGCUACCCAUAUUCUGCAGUACCUGGUGGGGGAUGCUGCCUUUUGAUACCACCUGCCUGGACACCUGGGUCCCAUGGCUUGGCCAAGGGACUGAUGCCACCCGCCCAAAUGCCUAGGUCCUACAGCUUGGCAAUAAGAGACAGACUCCACGUGACCAGAUCCCUACAUGUCAAGAGAGCACUGAUGCUGACUACUGGGGUCCUGAGUCUCCUCUAAGGCAGGGGGAAUGAACACUGGCUGCUUAGUUGCCUCAAUCCCCACAGCCUGGCAAGAGAGGGGAUUGAGGCUGGCAGCUUAGACACCUGGGUUUUUCAGGGCCCUGGACCAGGGCUGAGACACACCUGCCUGUAAUUAAACCUCAGGGAAUACCCCGA